GUUUUUUCGUUAUGGAUUUAGAAUAGAUGACAAGUUAUAAAAGAAAACUUGCUUUAGAUUUACUAAUCGUUUAUGAAGUGAGAUUGCUGGCAAUAAGACUCAAUCUAGAUUAUAAGCGAUGCAUUUAAAUCUUACAAACUUGAUCAAUCCUGUUAACACUUUGACAUUUUUUUAGGUUCAAAUAAUCUAACCAUUUGAAAAGAAAAGUAGAUUUGUUUGAAAAAAUUGGGUGUUUGAUGUAAAAAUUGUAUGUAACCCUGGGAGAAGUUCCCACCUAUAACAUGUUGAUCAACUCGAAAUUGAAUUUUCCUUCGAUAAAGAUUGGGAAAUUAUGGAAAAGAAAGAGAGUUAUCAAACUGUGUAGCCGGCUAUUGUACAGGAAAAAAAUGGACUUGUAUUUGAAAUAUGAUCUAUCAUUCAAAUUAGUUGAAAUAAAUUUAUUAUUCUGUCAAUUUGCUUUCCCAAUGGGCCAAAAGAAAUCAACAUCAGAGGAGAAUUCGCCGAUCAUUUUGGAAGUAGAAAAAGGGACAUCAGAACAUGAUCAGAUGAUGAAUUGUUGCUUGGCUGCUCCCUCAGAAGUUGAAAGAUUUUGAUGGCAUUAUAUGACAUGCUAUUGCUAGCUAGACAACUUGAGAGUGUGUUUGACAAUAUUGCUCAACAGCAAAAGGAAAAAUGGUGGAUUAUUAGCCAGUCCAAGUGCAGUCCUAUGGGGAACUGCAACCAUUUUUGUGGGUCACCAAUUUGUGGAUUCCAUGAACACCUGUGAAAGUUAAAAUGGCUGCAUUCGAGUCGAGUCAGAAUCCCAUGAAACCGAAAAUUUUCAGCUGCCAAAGAAAACGUUUAUGGGAUUACCACUUGAGUUUGUUUGUCUGUCACUGGAACAAGGAAAUCCAACAGUAUCAUUCUUUGUUGGUGGAUAGCUAGCUCCAUUGUUGUUCUUGUAAUUAUUUCUUCUUUUGUAGUAUAUAUCUGAGACUCUAGAAA